GCCCUAGAGCUUAGAGUGAAGUACCGUGUUAUCACAAAGAUUAGGACAAUGUUUUUCAAGGCAGUUUUGGCUUGCACAUUGGUGGCCCUGGCCCAGGGUGGGCUGAUCGCAGCGCCCCACGGGGCCCUGUCGAGCCAAAGCAUCGUCCUGGGAGCUCCCGGGUACGCGGCCCGUGGGUACGGUGGCUAUGGCGCUUUGGGGCUUGGCCACGGCGCCGUGGUCGCCCACACCGCGCCCGUAUACCACGCGCCCAUCGCGCACGCAGCCGCCCCUGUUGAGGUUUAUGCCCACCCCCGCUACCAGUUCAACUACGGCGUCACUGACGGCCACACCGGCGACCAGAAGAGCCAGUGGGAGGCGCGCGAUGGAGACGUGGUGAAGGGCCAGUACUCGCUGGUGGAGCCUGAUGGCACCGUGCGCACUGUCAACUACUCCGCUGAUGACCACAACGGAUUCAACGCCGUCGUGAGCAGGCAAGGACACGCUGCGCAUCCCGCCGUAGCUCCCGCGCACGUGGUGGCCGCCCCAGCCUACGGCCACGGACACCUCCUCGGCUAAACCCCCACCACCCCCAACCGACGACUAUUUAUUACAUAACGUAUUAAAUACAUAGGCUAAGCUCGGACGGAAUGCGACAACGAAAGGAACGCUACGUGGUCAGCCACGCUCGCUAAGGCUCGGCGUUUCAUAAGGUGUAUCCAGGGACCAAGGCCCAAAGUGUACUUCAAUUCAGCUAUCGACAUCUAUUUCGUACUAUAAAGACUUUUGUAUUAUAUUUUCUUGUAGUGUGUAAGUGUCACUCCGAUUUUCCGUACUUGAAAAUACAUUUUAUGAAACGUUAGACUCACGCCUACGGGGUGCUAUGCAAAUACUUCGGUUUUUGUGACUGAUACUAUAAAUUAAUAUUAUAACAUUUCAUACAUA